UUCCUCUCUUUCUCUCAUUCUGCAACUCUUUGUGAUUGUGAUUCUCCACCAUCUCUUAAACCCCCUACACAACUUUUCUCUCACAAAAGAAAAAAGAAGGGAAAUAAAAGAGAGGAAAAGAAAAGAAAAAAAAAGGAAAAAAAUAAAAAUCCCACCAUGGUUUUUCCUCCUCUUCCUGUCUAUGUAGAUCCACCCAACUGGAACCAGGCUCAAUCUAUUACCAACACAACUGCUGCUGCUGUUGCUGCUGGUAUUGGAGUAGGAAUAGCAGCUGAAGAUCCACACCAACAGCACCAACUCCCUCCCGGAGUAGUUCAACCUCCUCGUAAUGAUCAUGCUGGUGUCUCCCCUACCAUUCGGCCAAACUCCAUGGCCGAAAGAGCUCGUCUUGCUAAGAUCCCUCAACCGGAAACAUCCCUCAAGUGCCCACGGUGUGACUCAACAAACACCAAGUUUUGCUAUUUCAACAAUUACUCACUUUCUCAGCCUCGCCACUUCUGCAAGACUUGCCGUCGUUACUGGACUCGUGGCGGUGCUCUCCGCAACGUUCCAGUUGGGGGUGGCUGUCGUCGUAACAAGAGAAGCAAAUCAACCGGCGGUGGAACUUCCUCUAAGUCCACUUCCACCACCACCACCACCGCUGAUCGACACUCCGGUGCUUCAUCCUCUUCUUCAACUGCCACCUCUGCUAGUGGUGGUGUAAUCCCUUCUAACUUGGUAGCACCAAAUCAUCUGCCACCUUUCAUGGCUUCUCUUCACUCUUUGACAGACUACACUGCUACACCAAACAAUAUCAGUUUGAAUUUCCCAGGGAUUCAACCUGUUGAUCAUCAUAACCAUCAUCAACACAUCAUCAUCAUCAUCAUCAUCAUCAAAGUCAUGUUGAGUAUCAAGUAGGGAGUAGUAGCUCAGCAAGUUUAGGGUUGGAGCAGUGGAGGCUUCAACAAAUCCAGCAGUUUCCUUUCUUGGGAGGUAUGGAGACUCCGGCACCGGUCACCGGGCUUUUCGGUUAUGAUUUAGAGGGUGGAGGAGUGGAAGGGAUGCAAUAUAGUGGACAACUUAGCUCAAAGACUUCAAACUCUGCACUAAUCUCACAACUUGCUUCUGUGAAAAUGGAGGAUAAUAACCAGCAUGGUCUUCUUGGUUUGCCAAGACAGUACUUGAGUGUUAAUCCUAGGAAUAUUAAUCAGUAUUGGAAUAACAGCACCGGCAACGCCAGUGGCAACGGUGGUGGUUCAAGUGGUGGUUGGAAUGAUCUAUCUGGUGGUAAUAUCUUGUAGAGAUUUCCAUGAAGCUUAAUUAGUUUUCAUAUGGCUUCAAAGAAGGAAGAAGAAGAAGAAGAAGAUCGAGAAGUUUGCAUGAUGCUUCAUAUGAUGAUGAUAAGGUGGGUUUUCUAAUUAUCUUUGAUAAUUUUUCCUUUUUUUUUUCUUUUUUCUUAAUUUGUCUGGAUUGGUGUUCCUUGCUUCCUUCUUUGUAUCUUUGAUUAUAUUAUGGUUAUAGAAUUGGGGUGUUUGGAGUU